CUCGGAGACGACGUCGUGUGGAGACGCCCCUCCUUUCUUUGGUCAACCCAGUAGCAGCUCCUCGUUAAAGGCCUCGUGUUCUUCAUUUUUUUAAAGAAGCGAAGCGCCAAACAGUAAACCCUAAAAUCAAAGGCGAGAAAAGACAGACAGACCAAGUCCAGGUUUCAGCUCAAGAUGAUUAUCCCUGUUCGUUGCUUUACAUGUGGAAAGGUGAUUGGAAACAAGUGGGAUGCGUAUCUUGAUCUUCUCCAGCUAGACUACACUGAAGGGGACGCACUUGAUGCGCUUCAGCUAGUCAGAUACUGCUGCAGGCGUAUGCUGAUGACUCAUGUUGAUCUGAUUGAAAAGCUUCUCAACUACAACACUCUGGAAAAAUCGGACAACAGUUAAAUGAGGAUGCAAAUCUGCUGCUGAAAGAGUGUAUGAUACUCUUUGUGUUUGGUGUAGAAUCUUUAAAUCGAAUCAUAUGGGUUUUCGAGGACGUCAGUGAUAUUGUCAUUAGUAUGGAAUUUUAUGGGUGAUUGAAUGUUUGGAGUUUCAUUAGUAUAAAGGCGCCAUGGCAAUAUUCUUACACUACA